UGUUAUUUUCGAUUGCACGUGUUGAAGCCGAAAGCAUUUGCAUUGUUGUAUAAACAUUUAAUUUUAAAUUAAAAUGAUGACACUGUCGUCUGAUCAGAAGGCGCCUCUAGCCGCAGAUUCGUCCUCGGAUAGUGGAGAUGAAUGCGAAGUAAGUGCGUGCAACAGCGAAGGUAAUCCCGCCUGGGCAAGAACUAUUGCCAAAUUGCUGAAACAAAAUCCGCCUGAGAACCAAAAGAGGACGGUGCUUUCUCGGGCCAAAAAAUUGAAGCCCAACAAUGCUCAGGCCAACAAAGCUAAGAAAACGUAUGACUUUGAAAUCGAUGGAACUGAAGUAGAGCCCAAAAAGAGAAAGGACGUCAAGAAAGAGAAGCCGUCCGAACUCGAUGCUCACCUGACGAGUCAACAGCGCAAGAAUGUGCCGCUGCAGCUGCGGGUCAAACCAAAUGCUCAGGACCUGGAGCGAGAGCGCAACUUGCGCAAGGUGGCCACAAGCGGUACGGUGCAGUUCUAUAAUGCGGUGCGCAUCCAACAGAAGGAACUUCAACAGCAGCUGGAGGAUGCCGGCCCGUUGGACAGUCGCAAGGAUGCGGUGCUCAACAACAUUGAUAAGGGUAAAUUCCUGGACGUAUUGAUGAGCGGUAAGCGUGCAAGGUCCGCUGCUAUAGACAACAGAGUAAAGAAAGAGGAGCUGGAGUCGGAGUCGGAGUCCGAGUCGGAUGAUGAGGACUCAACAAAUGGUAAAAUGACAAAAGAUUCGGGCAACAAAAAGAAGUCCGAAUGGAAUGUGCUGCGCGAUGACUUUAUGACCAACAAGAAAAUCAAGCACUGGGAUGAAGAAGAAGAAGAAGAUGAUGAUGAGAAGGCAGAAAGUGACGCUGACGAAAACAGCGCCGCGGAAAGCGAAGAUGAUGAUUAGUAUAUAAGUAUCUGUGCUAUUUCUAGUUUUUAAUAAAAUAAUUACAAAUUGAUCAUUUCUGCAUUGGAGGUCAUGUAAAUGCCAACAAUUAAACCAAA